CUAUCCUCACCUCACCUCACAUCCAUCCAACUCCGGCAUCAUGAGCACCAGUCAACGUUAUCAAGCCCAUUCACCUGACGCAGUGGCACCGCCUUCGGCAUCAGCAGGCCCCUCGACUGCGCGCAGACCAUCCUCGGCAGCCAUGGAUGAGGACGAUGCGACGGACGAGGAGCGACCAUCUGCCACCCCAGCAUCAGCACGCGGGCGUCGACGCUCAUCGGCAUCGACUCGGCCUCGUAAGCCUUCGAUUUCAGCAGGCGGAGCAGCUGCAAAUGAUGGAUCCGCGUCAGCUUCAGCGCCAAUCCCGGGAUCAGCAGCAUCAGCACAGGCAGUCAAAGCAUCACGCGGUCCCAACUCGCAAGUUAACUAUAAGAUCAAGUUCCACAAGAGCAGAGAUAGAUAUCACAAAGUCCUCGAGCAAAACACGGAGCUCACCAAAGGGUACCGUGAGGCCCAGGCAAAAGAACGCAAGUUGGAUGAAGAGCUCAACUGGAUCGUGGACUCAAUUGCGAAGGCGAGGCCGGAGCUGCUCGCUGCAGAGGGAGCGACGAUGGCGACAGGGACCGGCGCAGUGGGUAAUGCUAUGCAAGGAUGAAGAGUGGGAAGCUGUUACUUGGUCGUGAGAGGGAUGGCGUGACCUGGAGGGCCGACUUCGGCAAACAGAACAGGCGAUGGAAGCGCCGAGAGCGCACAGGCAGCUCUGACCGUGGCCUACAUCCAUUCACAGUGUACAGUACCAACCACCGGAAGAGAUUCUUUUCCUUUCCCAAUCUGCUCUCCCUCGCCUUGACGUCUUCUAUGCCCUUCGCCUGCGAGGACCAGUCUCGUAAACCGGAUGAGGCACCGGCGG